GUUCCUAUUUUCACUCAACACCACAAACCUACAUAGUGAGCGAGCGUCUGAGUAUGUGAUCUUGAACAUGUCCAUUUAUUUGGAUCCCGUGAAGGGCGGCCGGGCGGGCGGGCAAGGGGGGUGUGUGUGAGGAGGUGCGCGCGUUGCACUGAGGUACCACGUGGGCACGGCAUGGUCUUCGAACCAGGAUUUAGCGUCCUUGAAACGGUAGCAGAUGGUAUUCUUCACCUUGGGAGUGUGGUCUUCUUCUUGGCCACAUACAACAAGCAAGCUGUGGACAUGGACCUUGGACUUCCUCGUGAUGGGAUCUCCAAAGUUCACAGUUUCGAGCAAGGACAAUUCCCAGGACCUCUUUAAGGAUCAGAAACGUGUUAUACAGAACGUCGGGAUUAACACCAGAGACUUCCGCGUGGACCUUGUGGGAUGGUCCGACUAUGUAAAUACGGCGCGUUUGCAUCUGCGUUAUUUUGCGUUUCGUUUGUAUGUUAAAAAAAAAAUGUAUGCUGAAGGGAGUCUAUUGUGAGAGGUUGGAAUGAGAAUUCUGAAGAAGAAAAAAAAGUGUUCAUCUUACGUUGAGAAGUUAUUUUUGUUUAUGCUUUUCUUUACCAAAAUAGCGUGUGUGUGUUUUAAAUAUAAGUUGUAUGUGUUAUAGGUAUUAUUAUAUAGAGACCGAAUGUAAGAACGACAAUGAGGGAAAGGAAACACAGCUUUUACACAACAAACCUAAUCUCUAAACGAAAAAAAAUCGAAUCACCAAAUGAAAAAAAUAUGACAACCAAAACAAAAAAAAACAAAAAACGAAACAAAAUAUAGAAAAGUAACUGUAACCAAAACUGCAGCACGAAUCCAUAUGAAGUCGCAUACUAUCCGAAUGCGACAGCUAGGAAGGCGUUCGCAUAGGUGGAGCUUACCUUGGCCUUUUUAAAACCGGCGAUUCUCCCUGCCCGACCUUGCAUCUGACGUACGUGCCGAACGCAGAAUGUAGAAGGGGUGUCAGUGACUGGGAUAAGAGUUCCUCACUGGAUAAAAAAGUGGAGGGCAGAUCUGUCAGGAAAAGGCAAAUUCCUUUCCUUCGGUCGGGGAGAACCCGAAGGCAUUGGCUGUGAAUCACUCUAUUAGUAUGCGUAUAUUUAUA